AUGAAGGUGCUUAUUGUAUUUGCUUUGACCCUGGCCUACGUCUCGCUGGUUUCAACGGCAUCUGUUCUUCAGGAUCAAGCCGAGAAUGUUGGCAUUAUCAACGGACAUGACGCUUCACCUGGUCAGUUCCCCUAUCAGGUCAAAGUAAUGGCCGAUAAAGGCCAACGGGCUAAUUGUGGUGGCUCCUUGAUUGACCACAAUUGGGUUUUGACUGCCGCCAGCUGCAUAGCAGAAUCAGAUCAUGUUGCCGUUUUUUUGGGCAGUGUUAACAGCUCAUCUGCUCCGGUCUUGCGCAUAGUCAGUAAGAAAGACAUCAUCGAAUUCAAGGACUUUAACGAUUCUAUACCUUCCGCUGAUAUCUCGCUUCUUCGCAUUAAACAUGUUGAAUACAACAAAAACAUUCAACCCGUUAAGUUACCGAAGAUCCAAUCACACUAUCAAACCUACGCUGGUUCUGAGGCUAUCAUUACAGGCUGGGGAGACACCUUUAACGCUUCCAACCCAAAGCCCAAAAUACUCCAAUACGGUAAAGUCGAAAUCAUAAACAAUACAGAUUGCAGGGCUUUAUAUGGAGAAGUAAUUUCCUCUGGCCUCAUCUGCGCUUCGUCUGUCUCAGAUGUAGCCCCAUGGAACGGCGACGCUGGUGGCCCAUUAGUGCAAUUGCCCAGUUUGGUCCAAGUCGGUAUAACCUCGUUUUACGCCCCCGAUAACCAAUUAGGAUACCCUGCCAUCUUCACCCGGGUUACCAGUUUGCUCGAGUGGAUCAAGCAUCACACCGGUCUCUCUUUGUAA